CCCGAACUAAAAACCCUAAUUUUUGUUGCCGCCCAUUUUUUAAUUUAGUUUAGCGAAUUUAUUCCGUGAAUCAGUCGCCGAGAGAGCAACAGUCGGAGCUCAAGCGGCGGCGGCAUCAGUAAAAUGAAUCACCAUAGUCGCUUCGAAGAUGCAGACGAAAUCAUUGAGGAUGCUGCUGUGAGCUCCAGCCACGACGUAUCCAUUUGCGAGCUCGAUGGUUCCGUCGACAAAGCCGUUGAAGGCUCAGCUGGCGAGACUUCCAUGGUCUUUAUUGGUUCAGAUGAUAAAACAAGUGCCGAUUAUUACUUUGAUUCCUACUCUCACUUUGGAAUUCACGAAGAAAUGUUGAAGGAUACAGUGAGAACUAAGACUUACCAAAAUGUGAUUUAUCAGAAUAAGUUUUUAUUCAAAAAUAAAGUAGUUCUUGAUGUGGGUGCUGGAACCGGUAUUUUAUCUCUCUUUUGUGCCAAAGCUGGGGCAGAACAUGUCUAUGCAGUUGAGUGCUCUGACAUGGCUGACAUGGCGAAGGAGAUAGUUGAAACUAAUGGGUACUCUAAUGUUAUAACAGUUUUGAAGGGAAAGGUUGAAGAAAUAGAACUUCCUGUUGCUAAAGUUGACAUCAUCAUUUCAGAAUGGAUGGGAUACUUCUUGUUGUUUGAGAAUAUGCUGAAUACUGUCCUCUAUGCACGUGACAAGUGGCUAGUGAAUGACGGAGUUGUGCUACCAGAUAAAGCGUCUCUCUAUCUUACAGCAAUUGAAGAUGCGGACUACAAAGAAGAUAAAAUUGAGUUUUGGAAUAACGUAUAUGGUUUUGACAUGAACUGCAUUAAGAAGCAAGCAAUUAUGGAGCCUCUUGUUGACACAGUUGACAAAAAUCAGAUUGUUACAAAUUGCCAGCUACUCAAGACAAUGGAUAUCUCUAAAAUGGUACCUGGAGAUGCGUCCUUCACAGCACCUUUUAAGCUUGUAGCUGAACGUGAUGAUUAUAUUCAUGCUCUUGUGGCAUAUUUUGACGUAUCAUUUACCAGGUGUCAUAAAUUGAUGGGCUUCUCUACAGGGCCAAGGUCCCGUGCGACUCAUUGGAAGCAAACAGUGCUUUACCUAGAAGAUGUUUUGACCAUAUGUGAGGGAGAGGCCAUAGCAGGGAGCAUGACCGUGGCACAAAAUAACAAAAACCCUCGAGAUGUGGACAUAAUGCUCAAGUAUUCAUUAAAUGGUCGACGAUGCGUGGUUUCAAGAGUUCAGUGUUACAAGAUGCGCUGAGCCUGUUUUUUUAGUUAUUGAUAUUCUCCUAAUGCAAUCCCGAUAAACCAGGGAUAUUAGUGGGCUGGCGGAGUGUUGAAUACAAUUGCUUCCCUUAUAACCAGUUCUAGAGGAAGCUGUUGUAAGUCCUGUGACUUGUUUUCAAUUUUGCUGGAGUUUAUUCUUAGUUUCUCACGAAUGCUUCUGAAUGUAAUGAUGAAUUUUUUUAUCAUUCUAUUAUUUCCCCCACUUUUAGUAA